AUGCAUAAUAAGAAUCCUGCCCGAGUAGGAUCACUUGGUUACAAAGGCAAGAAAGCUGAGUGGGAACAAAAGAUGGCAUCUGGUCAAUUGACACCCCAAUUUUAUCAGAUAAAAAGCGAGUGUUCACUGCAUUAUGUUAUGGGUAGAAGAUCUAAAAAUGAGUUGGGGUCAAACAUAAUACCGCCUACCACACAACCCACAGUGGACAAGCUUGUUGAUGUCCAGACUCAAAUCUCUGAAGGAGAUUUGGAGCUCAGUUCAGGAGAGGACUUGUUGACAAAGCAGGGGACUAGGAACCAUGCCCCAGAUGAUUUAAGCUUAGGGGUUCAACAAACUAAUCGUGGCUCGAAUUCAACAUUAGAUGCUUUGGAUGCGAUAAAGAUGCCUACCCCUUGUGAAUUGGUGUUACCCUAUGGGGAGUUAGACCAAAAAUAUGCCAAGGGAUUGGUCAUUCCAUAUGGGAAUGGGUUAAUACACACAUUGCCUUUACGAGAAAAUCACCUGAAGGUUCUGGUACACGACAUCGAUUGUAGAUAUGAAAAUUUUCCUGUUCCUGUGAUGACAAAAGAAGUUGCUAACCUACAAAAGGCGGUUGGCACUUUAAUUCAAUGGCCCCAGAUUGCAAUUAUUCUCGCAAAGGAACAAAGAACUAAGAAACAAAUUCCAACCACAAGUUUGGUGCCAACAAAUGCAAGGGCUGGUACAAACAAGAACAUACCCAACCAAACAGCCAGCAAGGCAAGGCCGAUUGAAUAUAUUCGUGAUUGCUUGAAGACCAACCCAUUGGUUAACAUUGUAGCCAAUUCUGGGAUCUUGGAAGUCGGGACAUAUGAUUUUUCGGUUACAAGUGAAGAAUAUUUUCGAUUGUUGAGAAAACAAACAACCGAUGCUUCCAUCUUGACUGCUUGGCAACUGAUUCUUCAUUCAAUGGUUCGGACACGUAUGAACAAAUGUGCUUUCUUGAACCCUUAUAAUAUUCUAGGGGAGGCAUGCCAGAAAAACCCAGAGGGUGUUGUUAGAUAUCUUGUUGAUUCCAUUCGUCUGCACCACGGAAAAUUGUUUCUCGUUGCACCAUAUUUGCAAAAUAAGCAUUGGGUGCUCUUGGUGAUUUCCUUUCGCAAUCGCAUUGUCUAUAUUUUAGAUUCUCUUAAGGAUCGUAUAGAAAACUCUGCCGACUACCAUUACCUGCUCAAAAAGCAUGUGGACAUUGCAACCAACAACUUGGUGGUUUAG